UCUGCUCGGUUCGGCCGGAAUCCGCCUCCCCUGACGCGGAUCUCUGAGCUCGGUCCGGCCUGGCUCGGACCAACAUGUUCUGGGAUUUAAACCGAACUCGAGCGCGCGGAACACAGCUGUGAACUGCAGGACGUCGCAUGCCAGAGCGCCCGCGCGUGAAUGAGUUAUGGAGAUGGACCGGAAACUACUGAGUCAGAUUGUCUUUGUGUGCGUGGUGAUGAGUGGACGAGUUUCUCCGGCCAAGUUGUCCUGCGAAACUUUGAUCCUGCUGUCGACCAACUUCACAGCAAGGACCCUGGCCCUACUAAACCAGACAUUCGCCAUCAGUAACUCCUCAGGUGUGUACUGUGACCUGUCUGUGGAUGGUAUAGGAACCUGUUGGCCUCGUAGUGCAGCAGGAGAGCUGGUCUCCAGACCUUGUCCUGAGCAGUUCAACGGGAUCCACUACAACACCACCAACCGGGUGUACAGAGAGUGUCAGGUGAAUGGCAGCUGGGCUCCUCGAGGAAACUACAGCCAGUGCACCGAGAUCAUCAUCCUGAGGAAGAGUAAAGUUCACUAUCAGGUGGCCGUCAUCAUCAACUACAUGGGUCACUGCAUCUCUCUGGGAGCACUGCUGCUCGCCUUCACACUCUUCAUGAGGCUCAGGAGUAUUCGCUGUCUGAGGAACAUCAUCCACUGGAAUCUGAUCUCAGCCUUCAUCCUGAGGAAUGCCACCUGGUUCAUUGUCCAGUUAACAAUGAAUCCCGCCGUUACAGAGAGCAACCAGGUGUGGUGCAGGCUGGUGACGGCAGGUUAUAACUACUUCCAUGUGACCAACUUCUUCUGGAUGUUCGGUGAAGGGUGUUACCUCCACACAGCUGUUGUUCUCACCUACUCCACGGACAAACUCAGGAAGUGGAUGUUUAUUUGCAUUGGCUGGGGUAUUCCAUUCCCCAUCAUUGUGGCUUGGGCUUUCGGGAAGCUGUACUAUGAUAAUGAGAAGUGCUGGUUUGGAAAGAGGGCGGGAGUUUAUACAGACUAUAUUUACCAAGGCCCCAUGAUCCUGGUCCUGCUGAUUAACUUUGUCUUCCUGUUCAACAUCGUCCGGAUCCUGAUGACCAAACUGAGGGCAUCAACAACCUCAGAGACCAUCCAGUACAGGAAGGCGGUGAAGGCAACUCUGGUACUGCUGCCUCUGUUAGGAAUCACCUACAUGCUUUUCUUCGUGAACCCCGGAGGAGAAGACGAAGUUGCUCAAAUUGUCUUCAUCUAUUUCAACUCCAUCCUUGAAUCCUUCCAGGGCUUUUUCGUCUCUGUGUUUUACUGCUUCCUGAACAGCGAGGUGCGUUCAGCAGUCAGGAAGCGUUGGAUUCGCUGGCAGGAUCGUCAUUCGAUCAGGAGCCGGGCUGUGCGUGCCACCUCCCUGCCUACCUCCCCAAGCAGGGUGUCCUUCCACAGCAUCAAACAGUCCUCAAACCUCUGACCUUUGACAGACUUGAAGUCACCCAGUCACAGUCUGAAAUGUGUUUCCUGUUGGCCAAUCAGAUAUCUUAUGCUUCAUGAGGCUCAGUGGAUCAAAUCAGAACAGCCAAUCAUUGAACAAGACAUAGAUCUGUAAUGCCAGUCAUUCAGCAGACAGAGUGGGCUUUUUCUGGCCCCACCCCAUUCACCUUCUGACCAAUCACUGGACUCAGCAAAUGAGUUUGCUUCCUGUCUUCCUAUCAGGCAGUGUGACUGUAUUCUAUAACCAAUAUGUUUAUUUAUAUUUAUAUAUAUAUAUAUUGAUUGGUGUUUUAUUUAUUAGCUGUUACUGUAUGUAUUACUGAUCACCAGCUUUCUGCUCUUCUCACACACACACACACAUACAGUGGGAAACUGAUUGGCUGACUGAAUCUUUCAGACAUUAUUGAUGCAAUUUGGGUUGAAACUUGCAGUUAAAACUUUGCAGAGAGCAGCUGCCACCAAGGAGGGCUGUAACUCACUGAUGAAGAUUUUGAAGAUGACCUCUGAUUUAUUUCCACCUGUGCAACUGGAUUAUCUCAUCGAAGAUCAAACCUGCUGCUCCACAUUAAGUUUAAUCACACUCAGACAUUUAUAAAUAAGAUACAAAUUUAAAACAAGACCAGAAAUUUUCUAGGACGUUUACCUGGAAUAAAAUAACGUCCUGAAGGAGGUAUUAAAAGUUUCUUCUUACUAAACUCUAAAUUUUUGUGUUGAUAAAACAGGGAAAGCUCAAAGACAUAAAUCAGUGAUUUCUUUACAUGCUGCUGCAUUGGUUUCCACAUAUAUCUGUGCAUCUGUUCACAUGUGUGACCGACCUCAGAGCAGCUUGAUGUGGAUGCUGGUCAGUUGUUAAAAAACAAAAAGUUUAUUCAAAAAUGAGCAUUAAGAGCUCCUCGCCUCUCAGCUUUCCCAGCUCCAGCCUUCAUUGAAGGGACAUGAAGACGAGACAAGCUGCAGAUUGAAAAGGCUUCCAGAGAUAAUAAUUAACUGUGGAAGUGUGAGCUCCUGUGAUCUCUGAGACAUCAGGACAGUUUGCUGUCACUUUAACGCAUCAGUUUGUCACGUUUUAAAUGUUCAGGCUCUGCCUACAAAGGGCCUAUAGACCAGAACAUUCACGUUAGCGCCGUGUUCACCCCAAACACAGGGGUCGCACCUUCACACAGCCUCAUAACAGCCGACAGCAGGAGGCGGAGUCAAACCGACUUUGAGAACAGAUAUGUGGUCAUGUCACUGGCAACAGUUACCAUCAGACGGCAUCUUUAUCAUCACAUCACGAGAACGUUUGCUUCAUGUUGGUGUGAGCAUGCCGUCAGCAAGAAACUCAGCAACAAAUCCAGGAGUUUAUCUUGAAUCUGUGUGUGUGGGUGAGAGUCUGAGUCUGUGCGUGUGUGGUGUGUGGGGGUUUGUGUGUGAUCUCUAAUUGUAACUGUUGUAUUGCAAGUUUGCACGGUCAAUUUUUUGAUCAGACUGUCACUGAUACUGUUAACCAUAGUAACAGUAACCACAGUAACCAUACAUAGAGUAGUUGGUACUUGUCUGUAUGUGUGUGGCAGGAAACUCUCAGGAUGAAACACAAACUGCUCCUCUUAUCUUCAUUACUGAGUGUGUG